AUGAGCAAAGCGUUAUUGACACGAAGCAUUUGUGGCGUUCAAAGCAUCGCUCUGCGCGAAGACGGUUCGGGGAUCAUUAUAGAAUCGUUCCUGCCCGGUCCUACCCAGUAUUGCAGCGCUCCAAAGGUUGGACGAAGCGCUAUUCACUACGCAGCUGCUCAGUCUAAUGCCAUCUAUGAUACUCUGAUCGAUCUCGGAGCAGACCCUCGAAUCACUGAUUCUGAUGGACUCUCUGCAGAGGCGUUUCGACGUUCACCUGACCGCCUACGUCGCACCGCUUCUGCUGAAUCAAGCUUGAUGAUGCGCUCGAUGUCGACCGAUGACGAGUUCUUUGAUCCAGGUUUGGCCUUUACCACGGGGACAGUGUGUAGCUCAACAUCAAACUCAGUUAGCCAACGAAGGCUCGAGCUAGUAAAAGUCACGUUAAUCUGUAGGGCAAGGCUACACAAUGAGUUGAAGUCUAUCGUCCUCUAG